GCUCCCCCUAGCGCCGCUGAGGAGCCGCCGCCGCGGCUCGAGGAGGGCGGAGGAACGGGGCUGAGAGAGAGCGCCUGGAGGCUCGCGCGGAGGAUAAGAGGGACACGAACAGAAUCACCAGCACUGGCUGAAGGUACCUUAACAUGGGGAAUCUUCUUAAAGUUUUGACUUGCACAGACCUUGAGCAGGGGCCAAAUUUUUUCCUUGAUUUUGAAAAUGCCCAGCCGACAGAGUCUGAGAAGGAAAUUUAUAACCAGGUGAAUGUGGUUCUAAAAGAUGCAGAAGGCAUCCUGGAGGACUUGCAGUCAUAUAGAGGAGCUGGCCAUGAAAUACGGGAGGCAAUCCAGCAUCCAGCAGACGAGAAGUUACAAGAGAAGGCAUGGGGUGCAGUUGUUCCACUAGUAGGCAAAUUAAAGAAAUUUUAUGAAUUUUCUCAGAGGUUAGAAGCAGCAUUAAGAGGUCUUCUGGGAGCCCUGACAAGUACCCCGUAUUCUCCCACCCAGCAUCUAGAGCGAGAGCAGGCUCUUGCUAAACAGUUCGCAGAAAUUCUUCAUUUUACACUCCGGUUUGAUGAACUUAAGAUGACAAAUCCUGCCAUACAGAAUGACUUCAGCUAUUACAGAAGGACAUUGAGUCGCAUGAGGAUUAAUAAUGUUCCAGCAGAAGGAGAAAAUGAAGUAAAUAAUGAAUUGGCAAAUCGAAUGUCUUUGUUUUAUGCUGAGGCAACUCCAAUGCUGAAAACCUUAAGUGAUGCUACAACAAAGUUUGUAUCAGAGAAUAAAAAUUUACCAAUAGAAAAUACCACAGAUUGUCUAAGCACCAUGGCUAGUGUGUGCAGAGUCAUGCUUGAAACACCGGAGUACAGAAGCAGAUUUACAAAUGAAGAGACAGUGUCAUUCUGCUUGAGGGUAAUGGUGGGCGUCAUAAUACUCUAUGACCACGUGCAUCCAGUGGGAGCAUUUGCCAAAACUUCAAAAAUUGAUAUGAAAGGCUGUAUCAAGGUUCUUAAGGACCAGCCUCCUAACAGUGUAGAAGGUCUUCUCAAUGCUCUCAGGUACACAACAAAACAUUUGAAUGAUGAGACUACCUCCAAGCAGAUUAAAUCCAUGCUGCAAUAACAGUUCUGGAAAAGCACCUGCUGUAGACAGAAGACAGUAUUCUGCAGUGACUGAGAAUGCACAGUUUUUAGUGAUUGCAAUUACUAUCUCAUUUACUCUUGCUUUUUAUUUCUUUCCUCUGUUCCUCUCCCUCUUUUUUAAUCAUGUUCUUGAUCUUUAAGACUUCUUUUCUGUGCCAAAAUCAGUAAAGUUAUACUCUGAAGGGAUAUUGUCCUUUCAAACAGGCCAUCUAAGGCAGCUAAUUAUGCAUCGCAUUGGGGUCUCUACUGAGAAAAAUUCUGUGACUUGAACUAAAUAUUUUUAAAUGUGGAUUUUUUUUGAAAACUAAUAUUUAAUAUUGCUUCUCCUGCAUGGCAAAACUGCCUAUUCUGCUAUUUAAAAACCCUCAAUGACUUUAUUUUCUACUGCCGCUUUUUUCAUGUGCAGCCAAAAUAAAAAUGUUUAAAUUAACUGUGUUGUACAAAUGGUACCCAACACACACUUUUUUUAAAUUAGUAAGACUUUUGUUUAAAGUUUUAAGUUUGCAUUUUGACUUUUUUUGUAAGGAUGUAUGUUGUGUGUUUAACCUUUAUUAACUAACGUUAAAAAACUGUGAUGUGUGCGUAGAAUAUUACGUAUGCAUGUUCAUGUUUAAAGAAUGGCUGUUGAUGAUAAAAUAAAAAUCAGCUUUCAUUUUUCUAAGUGUGGUUUGGCUUACUGAUGUUUUGAUUCUAGGUCUCUAGAGCUUUCCCUAUGUGUUUUUUUGGAAUGUAUGUGUAUAAUACAUUUUUCCCCCUUUUAGGGGAGAACUGG